AUGGUGCUGAUGGACAAGGAGGUUCAAGGCUUUGUGUUUGAAGAUUCAGAUCCUGGGGUUCAGAAGCGAUGCCGGUGGAUGGCAGUUGGCAAGGUAUGUUCUCCACGACCCAUGAAGAUGUCAGCUUUGGAGAGGACGAUGCCGCGGGCAUGGGGGCUGCACCGGGAAGCCAAGUUCAGUGAGAUCGGACCGAACAUCAUUAUGGUGCAGUUUGGAAGUGAAGGGGAUUGGAGACAUGUGUUGAAUAAUGGUCCUUGGCAGUUUGAUUUUAGCGUGUUGAUAAUGAAGGAUUAUGAAGGAAGUGUUAGGCCAUCUGAGAUGGUCUUUGACAGGGUUGAUGUGUGGGUGCGAGUACUUGACUUGCCCCCGGAUAGAAGGACAGAGGCUUUCGGCAGGGCGCUCGGGAACUGGCUUGGAGACAUUGUUAAAGUUGAUGUGGAUAGAGAGGGAUUUGCCAGAGGUGGCUACUUGAGGGUGCGAGCCACAAUUUCAGUGUUUGACCCUUUGGUUCGCGGGUUCUACCUCAAGAAGUCGAAAGACGCCAAAGAGAAGACUUGGUUUGAUUUCUACUACGAGAAGGUUCCCCACUUUUGCUUUGACUGCGGGAGAAUGGUUCAUGUUGGUGACCGAUGUGUUCCUCCACUUGAUUCGGCUGAUCAGUGGGGGAGCUGGCUUCGGGCUUCUCCGGGACGCAAUGCUCCAGCCGGCGAGGGGACAACUAGUGGAGGUUCUGGUAGUUUCAACAGCCGGAGUGGCACUCACACUAGUGAUGCUGCUCGGUCUAGUUCUACAAACCCUAGAAUGAGGGAGAUGCAUACGAGGAGGAACUUACAUGCUGAGUUCUCUGGGUCGGGUGACGCUCGCACUGGCGAGAGUUACUCCAAGGCUGGCUAUGAGGUCAAUAGCCCAGGUAAACCACGAGCAAGGCAUGGUGCUGAUCAGGGGAGAGACCUAAGGGAUAGUCUGGAGCAUCGCCGGGAACAUGAUAUGCGGCAGCAUCUGAUGGAGCAGAAAUACGGGCCCAGAUUUGAGAAUGAGCGCUGUCAUGAGGUGCAUGGCAAAGGCAAAGGGAAGGAGGAAGAGUUUGAUGGUAGAUAUGAUGGUGUGCUUGCUAGGGGCUCCCGGAAUGAUGAGAGGGACAGGGAGGAAGUGCAUGGAAGGCGAAGGGGUACCUACAGAAGGAUGCAUAGAGAUGAUUUGGACAGGUGGCCUAGGUAUGAGACACAUCAUAACCAGCCUGGGGACAAUAGGAAACGGAGGCCGAAACAAGUGUGGGUGGCUAAGGGGGAGCAAGACGCUUUCACUCGCGAAACAAGACAGAAGACGGCUUCUGUUUUUGACCGCAUCUCUAGCAAGAAGGGGAACUCAUCGGCGGACCCUGACUUCCAGGGCCGCCGGGAUCAAUGA